UUAUUAUUUUUUCAAUUCGUAAAGUGUCAAACCUUUCAAUAAAAGUUCAAUUUCUACAUUUCGCGCGCAAUAGCCAUCGUUUAAUCAUUUAACGACCUAUCCUAGCGUCAGUUUAAACAACAUCAGCCAACCACAAUCAACUUCAUCAUGUCGGUCAACCGUGCUCCAAAAUCCGGAUUCGCUGCCGAAGCUCAGAGAAAGAUUAACUCCAAAUACAGCGAAGAGCUCGCAGCCGAAUGUCUAGAAUGGAUCAAGGAAGUCACCGGCGAACCGAUCAACACCUCCGGCGAGAUGGACAAUUUCUACGAGGUGCUCAAGGAUGGUGUCCUGCUGUGUAACCUGGCCAACGCGAUCGAUGUCGGUACGGUCAAGAAGGUCAACACCAGCAAAAUGGCCUUCAAGUGUAUGGAGAACAUUUCCGCUUUCCUGGAGGCGACGAAAAAGUUUGGCGUUCCCCCGCAGGAAACCUUCCAGACCGUCGACUUGUGGGAACGGCAAAACCUGAACUCGGUAGUCAUCUGCCUUCAGUCGCUCGGCCGGAAAGCCGGUAAGUAUGGAAAGCCUUCGAUCGGACCAAAGGAAGCGGACAAGAACGAACGCCAGUUCAGUGAUGAACAGCUGCGGGCUGGACAGACGGUCAUCUCGCUGCAGUACGGCUCCAAUAAGGGUGCAACCCAAAGUGGCAUCAACUUUGGCAACACCAGACAUAUGUAAGGUUAUUCCACUUCAUCCUGUGUAUUCGUUAUUUUCCGUAAAGUACUUCCUGCGAUCUAACGAUCGUUGAGGUUUUAAGAGAUAAGAAAAAAAAACAGUUGAAUUUUCCACACAACGACUAGGGCAGCAGACAAGCAUGGUUACUAUCGGAGAUAGAUUUUACCACUUAAGUCAUUGUUAGAGGGCAAACAAGCUUCAAUCGAUGUUAAAAUAUGAAAUUAAAUAAAAAAAAGUAUAAAGUGCAUUUGAUCGUUCGUGUAGGCCUUAAAAAUGUUAUAACGAACAAAUGAAAUUUUCUCUACAAAUUUCCGAUUACACGCAAGAUUAGUCUUCCUAGGGGUAAGACGGUGACACAAAACAGAAAUAGAGUGCUCUUAGAGAAAACCUGAACGUAGAUCAAAGUGGUGCAACAUUCCAAACAUUCCAGCUGGGCAAAACAAAAAUGACAACAAUAGUAGCACUUAAAAAUCGCAUUCCAAUCUACCAACAGCUGAUGUUAGCCUUCAAGCCAAAUUAGCGAAAACGUACUAAAUAUUUACAAAAAAAAUAUAAGAAAUUAGGUGCCAUCAGCAACCAGCACAGUAGCGAAAAGAAUUAAUCUAUUUAUGAGUGUCAAAAGAACGUAUUAAGCAACUCUAAAGUAUAUACCAACCAAUUACAAUUCAUGCUAAACAGCAAGAGAACAUCAUAGGUACUGGAGUUAGGUUACUUAGAGUAGUAUAUUUCGAUUUGAUUGACAUUGAAAUACACACAAAAUGAUGGCCUUAAAAACAAACCAAUCAGACAGCUUGAAACUAUUUAUGCUAUUUUUUAUAUCAGUAUUUUUUUUGUCACCUGAAGUGUUUAAAACAUUUUCAGUGGUACGAUAAAAGUUUUGCCAUUUCUGCCUUUACAUUUUUCUUCUUCAUUUUUUAUGCUAUUUAUCAGAUGUCCUGAGCCAGGUCUAUGCUCUUUUCGGUAAUUUUUCCGUUUUUUCAGUUAAUAUAAUUUAAAAAUAAACAUUUAAAUAAA